GACAGACAGACAGACAGUGAGAGAGAUACACAGAUAGAGUAAACAGGAUCUUCUGGUUAUUAUUUGGACAGAAUGGAUGAUUUAUUUUCAGAGAUGUUCCUGUGAAAUGGACUUGGGUGACACUGAAGUUUCACGUGCAUUGGCUGAAAUGCUUUAAGGGACACUCACCAUUUGAUGUCACGCCGCCAACUGUCCUCCCUCAGAUCUUCCAGGUCAUUGAUGGGCGUUACCAUGGCAAUGCCCUCCGGUGUCUGACUGACUUCCUGAUCCCUGCCAGACAUCUGCUGGAGUCUAUGAGACAGACGGCCUGUGCUCUGCAUUCCUAGAGGAUUUUCCGUGGAUUGUGAUCCAGCUUGCUCCCAUUUAUCCAUUACUGCUCAGUCCUUUACCUGGAAGCAGGCAGCCUGUAUUGUGCUAAAGAGCCUCCUGGAGGAGGAGGAGGAGGAAGAUGAAAUAGAGGAGACACCAAUAUACGCAACCUUAUAUCCUAACAUCUUCACAUAAAACUGGCUUAGAUAACUCAACGAUGGGACACGGGGAACUCUUCUCCAAACCCAGCUGGGUAUAGUCAAGGUUCCUGGGAGGAGGUGGCCAACCCUGAAUUUAAGGAAAGGUGUCGGAGUAUGGCCUCCUCUGCUCCUUCAAAGCAACAGGAUUCAUUGAGUUUGUGUCCAGCCACAGCCCCUUUAAAAUACUCUGUUGAGACCAGGAUUCGUCCUGCGAGAGAUGGUAUAGCCGUGUCCUUACGAUUGGUGGACAACAGCAUUAGUUCUAGAGAAAGCGAAAUGGAUCAGCUUGGGAUGAGACCGGUGGGAUGGGUGUCACCAAGCACGUGGGAUAGCAGAAGUGUGGUUGGCAAUCAUGAUGAUCUAAGGAACCUCAACAGAGAACCCCAAGGGACUUCAUCUCAACCUCAAACGUCUCAGCUAAGAUCAAACCUAGCAGAUCCCUCUAAUGGCACCGGCCGCGACCGCACGGCUUGCGUACGUACCGUGAGGUUCGCAGAAGAGCCCUGUACUCCCUGCAUGCAGAGGAAGCAUGGAAAAGGGACCAAAGAUUGUCGAUAUAGAAAGUCAUACAUUGAGGCACAGGAGAAACCCAUUAACCCACCGAAAAGACCAGAGCUUCCAAACGAACCUGUGAGCGAUCACAGAAGCCUUCAUAAAUCUGCUCGGGAAACUCCAGAAAUGUGCCAGCAGAGUAACAGUAGUCAUUUCUCCAUCGAUGGACAGAGAGACUGGACUCUGAACAUAUCUCCAGACACAACAGACAACAGUAAAGACACAGUCAGUUUUACUCCACCUGUGGUCGGGACUUCAGAGAAAUGUCACAUUGUUAUCCGAGGACAACCAAACGAUGUGAACAGAGACAGCUACUUAGAAAUGAUUCCACGACUGCAUGUGGUGCCGGGGAAGAAAGCCACAGUGUUUGGACUUGUGUCUCCAAAGAUCAACAGAAGACGAAUGCUAAAGCAAGAUGAGACAAAGGACUCAGAAACUCUCUCCCCUCCUGUUAGUGGACCACAGAUGCAUUUCCCUGACAUCCAAUCACAGAAUGACAAAGAGACUUUAGCAUCCGCGUCUUUGUCUUUUAAAGCAGACACUCUUCUUUACUCAGGAGUUGUGUGUCUUACAGGUGGUCAGGACCGGUCAGGUAGAACCGUUCUGGAGAUGUAUGGAGAUCAUCCGAUCUGGGGUUCAGCACUGAUCUCUAGUCAGGAUCUUUAUAAACUCCUGGUGUAUCUUCACACCAUCAGCAGGAAAGAGACAAAAGAUGAUGGCACGACGAUAGUGUUUGAUGCACGGAAGAUGCCGCUUCAUCCAGAGUUCACUAAAGCUCUGCUGAUGGUCCAGGAGAACAAUCCUGACGCUGUGCAUUGUCUUUUACUGCUGGUUAAUAAAGACAAUAACCACAGCUAUGAGAAAAGACCCGGUGUAAAGAUUGAAACGGUGUCCUCUUUUAAAGCCCUUUAUAAACUAAUAGACAUCCAUCAACUGACUGCAGCUCUCCAGGGAUCAUUACCUUACAAUCACAGUGAAUGGACAGAAAUCCAUCAGAAACUGUAUCCAUUUGUAUCAGACCUGCGGGAUGCAUCAGAUCUGCUGACAGAAGCCAUAAAGAAACUGGAAGGAGUUCAUAAAAUUGAUACAGUGCAGGAUGUGCAGCAAUGUAUUCUUGAACACAGAACCCUGAUGAAGAAUGUGCUGGAAGACACACGAUUGGUUGCUUUACAAAGGGGAGGCGGGGCCAUGCUGGCGAGGCUGAGAUGGGAAACUGAUAUGAGGUCAUCAAACAGUGAGCACAGUUGUAAGGUGAUAGACACAGUCACACAUCUGUACAACGGGAUGGAGGAGCAGGUGCAUGUCCUCGCCCGAAAGUCCAACAUCGCUCUUCAACAUCUGGACUUUGUGUUACAUCUCAGAGAAAUGGAGAGCAGAUUCAUAGAGAUUAAGGAAUGGUUUGACACAGAAGGAGAGAGUCGUCUCCGACAGGCGGAGGCUGUGGAUGAAUCCAGUGAAAAAAUCCAACAAACACUACAGAGCUUCAAAGAUUUUCUCAAUGAAGCAAAUGAGCGAAAGCAUCAAGCUAUGAUGUUAGUGUCAGAUGCAGAAAAUGUGCAAGGACCAAACUAUCCCGAGAUGGAGGUCUUUCACAAAAUGGUGUCCACCUUAAAAUCCAGCCUGGUUGAUUUCUUAUCACGAGCUGAACUGUGUUGUGAAGAGCUCGCCACGAUGGUUUACAUCUGUCACUUCUGUGAAAGGGCGUCUGCUGUUGCCAGUGACUGCAAGCGAUUUUUGGAGCAGGAGGAAUUUUGGUUCACCUCAGAUGAAAUGAGCUGGACUCAUCUUCAGAUGUACCUGCAGAGAUUAGAUGAGUUUUCUCCUGAGCACUUUCAGGAUGUUCGAGAGCAGGCGUGCUGUCUGUCCAGCAGUAGGGCUCUGCAGGUGUGGAACGCAGCCUGGCUUUACUACCAUGAGGUUCGACAACAGCUGGAGGAGAAACUGAUACUUCUAGAAGCCCAGCAGAUAUCUUCUCUCACACUCACACCUGGUGGACAUCAUUCAGAGUGGCCGGAGAUGCCUCCAGGUGAGGGGGCGGAGCCUAAAAGUGAAUUACCGAUACCAGAUCCCGUAGAACAUGAUCGUGACCCAUCAGAGCUGUCAGAGAGAAGAUCGAGUCGAGCGAGAGACAGAGACAGCAUUCACGUGAACGUCAGCUGCUUCAACUUCAAGUCGGACCACAAAAGCAGAAAAGUGUCAAAAACUGCUCAGGCUGCAAAGGAGAAUCCUGUGGAUUGUGUCCAGGAAGGUAAACACAUAGGCAGAAAUGCAGCCCAUGACCAGAAACCCAUAGCGGGGUCGAGUACGGUGGGCUGUCAGUGGUUCCCAUGGCAAAAAAACAGCAAAGCUUACAGCAGACCUGAGCUCCAGAUCACAGAACCCAAUGUCUUCCAGAACCAACAGCAGUACCAGGACAAACCCAACGGCAGCUUGUGUCCUGAGACGGCUUGUGAUGAGACUGACGGAGGUCAAGAUGUCUCAACGUUUGGAGGAAGCUGGAGAACAGCUAAAGAAAAUACUUCGAAAUCAACAUCAGAGAGCCAAAGCAGAAAUAUGAAGUUUCACCGCAUCAUGAAUGAGCUUCUGCAGACGGAGGUGGAAUACGUGCGAUCUCUGGGCUACAUCUUAACUCACUACUUCCCCCUGUUGACCAGACCCGACGUCCCUCAGGAUCUGCGCGGUCAGCGUGGACGAAUCUUCGGUAACCUGGAGAAACUUUAUGACUUCCACAGUCAGAGCUUCCAGCAGGACCUGGAGACGUGUCGAGCCGAACCUCUGAGAGUCGGCCAAUGUUUCCUCAAGCACAGAGAGAGUUUUGGACUCUAUGCUCUUUACAGCAAGAACAAGCCGCAGUCCGACACUCUUAUCCAGCAUCAUAAAUACUUCAAGAGGAAACAGAUGGAGUUAGGUGACAGUAUGGAUUUGUCCUCCUACCUCCUGAAACCCAUCCAGAGGAUCAGUAAAUACAGUCUCCUGCUACUGGAGAUCCUGGAGGACUGUGUGCCGGAUCAGUGCGGAGAGAGAGAGGAGAUCCAGGCAGCACUAGAGGUGAUCCGAUUUCAGUUGCGACACGGCAAUGAUCUCCUCACCAUGGACGCCAUCAGAGACUGUGAUCUAAACCUAAAUGAACAGGGCAAACUCAUCCGUCAAGAUGAAUUAUGGGUAAUUUUCCGAAAGAAACGCUCUCUCCGACGCGUUUUUCUAUUUCAAGACGUCAUUCUCUUCACCAAGACCAAAAAAAACCAUCGUGGAGAUGAUGUGUAUGUUUACAAACUGUCUAUCAAGACGUGUGAGAUAGGAAUGACACACUCCUGUGGACAGAGAGGUCUGUGUUUUGAGAUCUGGUUCAGGAGGAGACGAUCACAGGAUACGUACAUCCUACAGGCGGCUACACGAGACAUCAAAGAGGCCUGGACGAGAGACCUAGAACGAAUACUGUGGGAGCAAGCAUUGAAGAGCAGAGAGUUGAGACGUCAGGAGCGAGCGUUUAUGGGAAUGGUCUGGAAACCACCUGUAGACGUUCAGCCCAGUACUGCAGCCAAUAACAAUCACAAUGCAAAUGGUGACAUCACAGGAAAAGAAACUGUAGGAUUACAGAAAACACCCAAUCCUGUGGUUUCUGGCCUUCAAAGGGGCGUGGCAUUCACACGGCCAGAAUCUAUUGGCUCAGGCAGCACCACAUCAACGGUAGGCAGCUACACAUCAUCGUCAUCUGGGCGGGGCUCCAUGUCACCCAGCACGUUUCUUGGAAAAUAUGACGUGAUGGAGUCUCAUGCGGAAAACAGAGGUUUGUUCGGCUAUACGGAUCGUAAUCGUCCCUUGGGAAGGAGAGCAUCUGUACCUUCAUCGAUUCACUCCAGAUCUUCAGGUCCUGUUGCUUUUCCGACAUGUUUGACGUACAGCUCACCGGCGCUGUCCAGAAGAAAACUCUCAGCAGGAUUCAUCUCACAAACAGAUGCUCAAAGUCCUCUCAAGUUUCAAGAGCCGAUUCAAAUGAAGCCAUCAACCGAAGUUUAGCGAUGUCAUCGGUCUGCAAGGGUCUCUGCGGUGUACUGACGUAUCUGAUCGUGCCAACAGGAACCCCAAGACUCAUUUGAACAUUUGGACCCAUCUGCUUCUGAACUGCUUGACAAACAAUCAGAUUUUAUUGUGAAGAAAUGCAGCAUGUUGGAAUGAAAAUGAGAACAAGAUGAUGAAAGAGGAGGACAUAUUUUCUAUCAUUGCUCAUUUAAUUAUUCGGUUUGGUUUUGAGUAUUAAGUGUUUUUAAGAGAUGCAUUUUAUCAAAAGCUAUAAGGAACUGAAGGACAAGACAACUAAAUAAAGAGACAGUCUACCUGGAUAGACCUGGAGCUGAAGGACACCGUGAUGACUGAGGAUUUCAUUUGAGAUCGCACCUGUAACUGAUGCAUUCCCAGAUAAGAUGUUGACCACCAAUGUAACGUCCAUCGGCCAUCACACAGACUUUAAACCAGGUUUUUGAUAUCCAUCGCUCCCUGAACAGGAACUACAUGAACAAUUUCAGUUUAUCCAACACAAUCUCAUGGCAAUCAGUGCGUAUUUUACGACGUGGCUAAUUCGUAUUUAUUCGUACAAUCACAUUUGUAUGUUUUUGUACGUUUUGCUUUUGCAAAUUUCCCCUGUGACAAUAGGGCUAGGGGUGGACUUUCAUUGUUGUACGUUAUAUUAAUCAUAAUGUUUUUGUAUGAAUUGCUAUAUACAAUACGAAUUAGCAAAAUCAGUGCGUAAAAAGCUAGCCAUAAAACUAUAACAUAUAACUGUACAAAGUCUUCUGCUUUGACUUACUGUGAUAUUAUCUUGCAUGAAAUUAACACAACAUUUCACUUCUUACACACCAAAUGCGAAGCAUCGUGUUCCUUGCUCUAGAUUACUUGCGAAAUUAAACUUUGUGUCAUGCAAAUUUUUCUCUUGAGUUGAUAUAUUCAACUUGCUCAAAGACGCGCUUGAGGCAAACAGUGCGUCUUUUCGCGGCAAUUGCGCUGCCCAAUUCGCAUCACCCUGCGCCUAUUUGCAUCUUUGCAUUGACUUUGUAUGUAAACUACUUGCACAAAUCAUUGAAUUUGCGUAAGAUGUUUAUGCCCUAUUAUGCUGCUACACACCAAACGCGAAGCAUCGCGUUUCUCGCUCUAGAUUACUUGCGAGAUUUAACUUUGUGUCAUGCAAAUUGUUCGCUUGAGUUAAAUAUUACAACUUGUGCGAAGACGCCCUUGAGGCAAUCGGGCCGCCCAAUUCACAUCACCCUGUGCCUUUUCGCAUCUUUGCAUUGACUUUGUAUGUAAACUACUCGUGCAGAUUGUUGAAUUCGCGUUUGAUGUGUAUGCCUCAUCAUGCUGCGUACACACCAAACACGGAGCUUCGCAUUCCUCGCUCUAGAGAUUACUUUCGAGAUUUAACUUUGUGUCAUGCUAAAUUUUCGCUUGAGUUGAAUAUUACAACUUGCGUGAAAAUGCGUCAUUUGCAUCGUGCAAUUUGCAUCUCCCCGCGAGUUUGCAUCUGUUUGCAUUGACUUUGUAUAUAAUCUCACACAUUGAAUUUGCGUUUGGUGUGUAAGCCCCAAACAAAGUUUCAUUCAAAAUAUACAGUAUAUACAAAAUGUAAACAACUGAACAAUUGUUCUGUACUUUUUGUAAGAAUAAGUCAUUUCAACAACUGGUUUUAUACAGCAUGUGUCAUGGUACAUUCAUUUUGAUGUGUAGCCUAAUAGAUGCCAGUUCCCUACUAA